AGGGACAAACAAUAUAAUAUAGAUUAUAAUGAACUUACUAAUAGUGCAAAUAAAUUUGGUUUUGCAAAAUAUUUGCAUGUAGACACAAUGCCUAACUUAAAAAUGGGUCUCAAAAGUCCAGAAUAUGCAGGCUUGUUCUUUGAUGUCGAUCCUGAUAAAAUUUUCAUUGAUCUGCGAGAAAUUGGUCAUGGGAGUUUUGGUGCUGUUUUUUAUGCUCGUAACAAUCAAACAUCAGAAGCUGUGGCUAUUAAAAAAAUGUCUUUUUCAGGAAAAAAUUCAAAUGAAAAAUGGCAGGAUAUUGUAAAGGAAGUCCAGUUUUUUGUCAAUUUGAAGCAUGAAAACCUUGUCAAGUACCAUGGUUGCUACAUUAAAGAAAAUACAGCAUGGCUUGUUAUGGAAUACUGUAUUGGCUCUGCUUCAGACAUAUUAGAAGUACACAAGAAGCCAUUAGCUGAGAAUGAGUGUGCAGCUAUUUGUCACGGUACAUUAAAUGGAUUGAACCAUCUUCAUCAGAAUAAUAGAAUACAUCGAGAUAUUAAAGCUGGAAAUAUUUUACUUUCAGAAAGAGGUGUAGUUAAGCUAGCUGAUUUUGGAUCUGGUUCCAUGAAAGUACCAGCUAAUUCUUUUGUUGGAACGCCAUACUGGAUGUCACCUGAAGUUAUUCUUGCAAUGGAUGAAGGUCAAUAUGAUGGCAAGGUUGAUAUUUGGUCUCUUGGGAUUACCUGCAUUGAAUUAGCCGAAAGACAGCCUCCAUUAUUCAAAAUGAAUGCAAUGAGUGCGUUAUAUCACAUUGCACAAAAUGAUCCUCCUCGACUUACCUCUAGUGAAUGUUCUAAUGAGUUCAGAGAAUUUGUUGUAAAAUGUUUAGCAAAAGUUCCAUCAGAUCGUCCAUCUGCAGAAGCUCUACUUAAUGAACCAUUUAUAUUGCGUCAAAGACCUAAGAACACGUUAUUGAAUUUAAUUGAAAGAACAAAGAGUGCUGUUGCAGUUUUAAAUAAAGCAAAUUACAACAGAAUCAAAAUUAUGAUAGCUGAUUCUGAAGAUGGCCCUGUCGAACAUACAAGUCCAACAAAGAAGACUGACGAAGCAUUGUGGAAUGACUCUCAAGAUGGAGGUGUUGAUAUGAUAGAUGUGGAAACAAAGAGGGUGAGUGUAACAAGCAGAGGAAGUAACACUAGUGAUACAUCUCCAACAGCAAGCUCAGAAGAUGAUUCCAAUAGUCUUUCAUCUUCAGCAGAUAAACCUGUUUUUUUUACAAGUCCAGUCACAGAGAAACAAGUUGAUGAUAACAGGUUUUCAACAUUGCGUCCAGCACAGUUUGUUGCUCGUCAAGUACAAGAACAUCAAGGUUCUGAUGCUUAUAGAGAACAACUCCUUGUUUAUAAAAGAGAGCGCCAGCAACAUCAAAAACGCUUUUUACAGAUUGAACAGAGGCAGCAGCAAGUUAUGUGUGAGCAUCGCAAACUUUUAGAAAGAGAAUUUGAAAAUCAAAUGCAUUUGUUUGACAGAGAAAUGGAAAAGCUAAAAUCAAAGCACAGGCAAAUACUUGAACAAAGUAGCAAAGAGAGUAUUAAUGAAGAAAAGAUUCUAAUGCGUCAAUUGAAAGAAAAGCAAGAGGAAGAAAUGUGCUUUGUCAUGAAUCAGUUGAAAGCAAACUACAAGCAAGCAAAACAGAAUCUUAAAAAGGAUGAGCAAUUGAAGAGAGCAUCUGUUACAUCUUCUCAGUUAAGAGAACAAUAUGCUGAUCAGCAAAAGAUACAAGAACAACAAACAGCCUUUCAACAUAAAAUUAUGGUAGAGGAAGAGUUACGAAAAUUUAAAAAAAAUCAAAUUUUAAAACGUCAAGCUCAACAAAAAGAAAUGCUAUUUGAAGAGUUAAACAAGUUGCAAGCUCAAAAAGAUAGAGCUCAUCAGAUGUUGCUCCAUCAUCAUAAGUGUACAGAGGAACUGGAGUUUAGUCAAAUCAAGGAAAUGCAUGAUUUGCGGCUUGAGCAACAAAAAAUGUUGCAUGCUACUGAGUGGGACAAUCAAAUGGAGUACAAUAAGAAAGCAGAGUUAGAUCUACAAAAAAAACACCUACUUGAACUUAGACAACGACCAAAAAAUUUAAAAGCUCAAGAGGAUCGUGUUAAGAAACAAUUUAGAGAAACAUGCAAGAUACAGGAGCGUCAAUACAAGCUGCUACGAAAGCAGACAUUAGCAAAUACUCCCAGAGAAGAACAUCAAGCUGUCAUUAAUAAAUUUGAAGAAGACAGAAUGAGAAAGUUUGCUGAUCUUGGAUCACAAUAUGAACAUAGCAUCAGUGACUUACUUCAAAAACAAAAAGUUCGCUUAGAUGAGAUACAAUUGGAGGAACUAAAUGGGUUGCGUGCUCAACUUAAGCAAGAACAAGACAUGCUUAUCACCUAUCAAACAAGACAGUCUACGCAUUUAAAAAAUCAUAUGGAAAAAGAACUUCAGGAUCUUCAAGAUAGAGUUGCCCUUCGUAAAAAACUUCUUGAAGAAAGGAUGUGUGAAGAGAGCACUCGACUUCAAGAUAUCCGACAAGAUCGUCUUUUAGGCUUACAAAAUAAACACCAAAACGAAUUAUUAGAGUUUGAUGGUUAUUUGCGGAAAAAUAGUGACAAUAGCUCUCACUUAAAUAACGUUGCGAGCUCGGGUAGUCCGAGUCUGAGUAGAAGUUUUAAUCAGACUAGUCCUCGCAAUAGUGGGCGUAAUUUUACAGCACCCACAAACCGUUUACCAAACUCUUCCCGUGAAAGUUCAGUGAGUAUGAGCAACCUACAACAAACAAACAUUUUUUUUAAUCCCCAAAAUGACGACACCACGCAUAACGCGUCUAAUUUUACACCUUUGCGAACUCGAGAGAAUCGAAACGGUAACGCCUCUGAUCGACGCUCUUAUAUUGAUUCGGGAAAAAGAUAACUGAACUAUAGUGUACAUAUGUCUGGGUGUUAUUACAAAUGGAUAGACAGAAAGUAGUCUAAUAAUAAAAGCUGUUCAAUGAAGCUAUGAAAUAAGCGUGAAUGCAAAAUUGUUAACUGAUAUUAACUUUAUCAAAGCAGGGUAAUUACAACAAGUAAGUUAUUGUCUCAAUAAACCAAUCAGCAUUUAAAGAGACUUCAAGAUAUUAAAAAGAGUUGCAGAUUGCAAAGAUGAAAAGAAAAAAAAAUCCGUGAUAAAUUUCUUAGACUUUUAUUCGUGUUUUGAACUAGAUUUUUGUUUUCUCUUUUAACUCCUGAUAUUGUAUUCUUUAUACUGUUUUCUGUAUGCUGUUUUGGAACUUUUUAAUUCUUUUUUUUUUUUUUUUUUUUUUUUUUUGUAUCGAUCCUACUAAUUUUUUUUUUCAAAAUUUUGUCAAGUUCUUAAGUAUACACGCUAUCCGAGAAACAAGUUUUUUUUUUCUUUUAUAAUAUUUUAUAAAGGUUUAGAUUUUAUUACCGGUUUUCAAAACAUCUUGUAUUUUAUGAUAAACAUCAUCGUUGAAGAUUGAUUUUUAUUUUUA